AUGCAGGGCGUUCGCUUCGUCCCGCUCGGCCUCUUUUUUGGAGUCCUCUUCGUCUUUCCCCCUUGUGGGGCAGAGAAGCCGGCUGUCCCCUGCCAACCUGCACUGCAUACUUCACCCGUUCAGGCGGGGUCUUUCGAGGCCCGCGCCCGUUCAGCAGCGCCGCUAAGCUCGACGUAUGGUGGCGCGGCUUCCGACGCUGCUUUGCCCGCGUGGAGUGUCGCAGCUGGCCUCCAUGAAAUUCCAGCAGGCCGUGCAGGCGCUCUUGUCGGUGCACUCGUCGUCGCCGCGGGCCCCCAAAAUGGCGAGGAAGACGCAAGCGCUGCGCAGGAAAGGGCGGACACCGUCCCUGAGCCUCUCCAUGAGUCACACAGACAGCAACAGGCUCUCACCUCGCCACACUCCCAGUUGAGGGACUCUUCGGCACUCGCGGCAGGCGGGCCUUCUCAGCGGGCGGCAGUUUCCAAGCGUUCGCGGUCCCAAGCAAGAAGCAGACCAGCGGCUCUCUUGGUGCUCGUCAGAGCGGCAGCGCUCUUUUUUCUGGUCAAUCUGCUCAUUACGGCAUCGAUCCUCCCGCCGCCUGCGGUCGUGCGGCGACAAGCAGAGACAAUUGAAAAGAUGGUAGCGCAACGCGUCGGAAACUCGAUUCUUGCCACAGCGCUUCAAGAGCAGUUCGCAGUUCGGGGACUUAUCGUGGUCACCUUGGCUGCGGCCAUUAUCCUCACGGAAGCUGGAGUGCACGCUUUCUUUCGCUCGGUCCUGACAUGA